AGAUGCAUAAAGGAAGCACCACAAACCUCGACGUAUCUAAUCAUGUCCGAUGGCAAAUACCACGAGCAUCACUCUCAUCUGGUUCUCGAUCAAUUUACAGUUCGACUGAUUCAAUUCAAGGAAGUAUCAAUAGAUCCAAUCAGCUAGAGAAGCUUUACAAAAGAAAUAUGAGACGUGAAAGUUAUUCAAUCCAAAGUGAAGGAACAAAAAAGAAAUUGAAUGAGAGACGAGAUGAAGGACCUUACUCCAUGCCAUCAUCAUCUGUCUCAUCACUAUCAUCAACAAUGCAGCCAAAUAAAAAGUUCAGUCGAAGGAAAUUCUCAGAGAAUGUAAUCAUGAAUGGAAGUCAAAUUGAUGAAUUAAAAGCAGUGGCUGAUGAGAGAGUUCAUGGCAGUUCAUCACGUUCAUCUUCACAAGGGUCAUCAGCGAAUAGUUUACACAGCGCAUCCUCGUUGCUACUUAGUGUUCAGAAUCUAGAAAAAUUUACUCGAAUGACAAACAAUCAAGAUAGAAUAAACAAAUUAAGAAUGAUUCCCCAAAAUGAAUGUGAUAAUGAGAAUAACAAACUUCAGUCACCAGCAGCAACUAACAAUCAUAUGAUAAUAGAUAUGAAUAAGAUAAUUGAUGAUAAGACAACAAAUGGUAAUAACAAUGAUGAUAUAGACACAGCAUGUAGCCAGAAUUAUCAAUUAAGGCGUAAAGAUCACGAUCAGCUAUCAAUUGCAUCAUCGACACACUUUACUCUCGUCAAUGGAUGCGGACGAUCAUCAAAUUUGAAAGCACAAAACUCAUUUUGCCGUCAUGGGCGUCAAAUUACUAUUCUUAUUGUGACAAUGACUAUUUUCUUUACAAUUGGCAUCCUCUUUGUGCUUUACCUUAUGGAUCGUCGAGCUAAAGCGAUGCCAGCAUUUCAUCAGUAGGGAAGCUGAGAUUGAGAAAGGAAUGGAUUUCUAAAGAAUUGAUGUGAAUUUAGAUUAAUUCUUUCGAAGAAGUUGAACUAGCACAGCUAGGCUGGAAGAUAUGUAGCAUUAAAUUCUAAAGUUAUGGACAGUCUAUGAAUAAUCAAGAAAACUCCACAAAAGCAGCUACUAUAGAAUUCAAAAUCCUUCAAAUGACCGACUUGUUUACGCAGCAACUUAAAAAAAGAUUCUUAAUGAAAAUAACUUAAUUCAACUUUUCAAUCAAAUGUCGAUAAAACACAUGAGGACAAUCGUCUUUAUUGCGACAAGGAGAAAGACGAUAUAAACAGCGAAAUGUCAGCACAAAACCCAUAAAAAUCAAAAUAUCAAAACAUUUAUAUAAUUUUGUACAAGAAACUUUUAAAAAGUUUGUAAUAUAAUUUUGUAGUUUCUUUUCAAAUUGAUUUUUUUCUUUUAAACUAGUCAAUUAGAAGUUUAAGCUAUGAGUAGUUUUCUAUAAUACUUUACUUAGUUUCUGUGAAUUUGAAGUAAGUUUUUUGUGUGAGAAAAUUUAAUGAAUCGAAUUUAAAAUUUUACGCUUGUAUAAAGUGAGUUUGAAUAAUUGGUUCGACUUGAAGGCUUUUAAGAAUGAUAAUCGUUGCUAGCCAAUUGAUAAUUAUUUAAAAUCACGGUUCGAUAGCUUAAAUGUUAUUGUUCUAGAUUCUAGUUUAAUAAAUCAGUAGGUUCAAAUCUCAUCUCGAAUUUAGUCUAGUGAUUAAGUUUAAACUUAGAAUCUUGGACAUUUAAAGAGAAUCUGGGUAUGGAUAGAUGCUCAGGCACUCAAAUAGACUUACUAUUUAUUGAAAAUCUUACCUUG